GUGUACUCCGGACCACCGGCGAGAAAAAACGUCGACGAUCAAUUAAUUCAAAGAAUGAGGCUUUGCUCUCUGAGAAAGCGGAAAGGGUUCCCCUUUUCUCCCCUGACUCUCUGAACGGCUGCGGAGCCGAUGAUUUCUCCGACCGUCACUCUGGGAAGUGGAAGCAAACAAACCCAUUGCAUAUUGUGAUGAUCUCUUCCUUCCGCCGUCAUCGCCGUCACAACCACCACCACCAGAACCUUAACAUCUAGCUUCAAUUGAUGUUUCUCAUCUUUUGAAGCUGUGUUCUCUCUUCUUCGCCGGAACAGCGAUGAAACAUGAGCGCCCGCUCCUUCUUCUCCUCUUCGGUAAAUGGGGCUGUGACGAGAUCUCCGGCGAGGGUUUCGGGGUCCAUUUGUACGGCGGUUUUCCUGGCGGGGCGAUUUCAGUAGCAUGUUAGCUAACUCGAUUUCGCAGCCUAAAGACGGCUGUAGGGAUUCCCUCUCUCACUCUGUCACCGGAUCUGAGCCCUUCCUUCCUCCGACUCUUUCUUGUUUCUACUGCAUUUACAGAAUGAAGUCACUUCAAAGCUGGAUUCUUUUUUACGCUGUUUACUUCUUUAAUUCCACCAUGUGCUAAUAUUAAACUAUAUCUUGUUUCGUGUAGAAAUUCUCCAGCAUUGAAAAUGACUAGAGAAUAUAAAAUGCUUGUUUGGGUCAAGAUUAGAUCAUCGAGAUCCCAUCUUGCAGCUGCUGUUUAAGACUUCAACUUCAAAUGGUGUGGAAAGUUCAAUGCUUUCCCCAUUCACUCUCACGAAGACCAAAUCGGCUCUUUCUUUAAUGUUGAUGUCCUCCUGAAGAAAUGGCAGAAACCAUUUUGAUUCCCGUUGCAAAAGAAAUCCUUGGGAAGCUAGGCAGCUUGGCUUUGGACCAGAUCGCACUCGCAUGGUCUCUCAGAAACGAGCUGGAGAAACUCAAGGGCACUGUCUACACCAUCCAGGCUGUGCUCCGUGAUGCUGAAGAGAAGCAGGGCCACAAUCGUCAAGUCAAACUUUGGCUCGAGAAGCUCUCGGAUGUGAUGUAUGAUGCUGAUGACUUGCUCGAUGAUUUUUCCACUGAGACUCGUCGGGAGAGGGCUGCACGAGCAGACACUACGACGACGACUUGUUGGACUGUGGUAUGUUUCAUUGUCUCUUUUCCGAAGCGAUUCUUGUAUGAGAACGAGAUGGCUCACGCCAUCAGGGCGAUUCGAGAGAAACUCGAUGAUAUCAAGAAUGACAGGGAGUUCCACUUGGAGGAGCUUGCUGAGGAGCAAGCUGUCCCUUUGGAGACGGACCCAUGCCCACCGAUGAUUGUUGUUGGGAGAGAAGCUGAUAGAGCUGAAAUCGUUCGGCAUCUAGUGCACAGUGAUGGUGAAGAAGCUAAUGUCUCUGUGGUCCCAAUUGUUGGGAUGGGCGGAUUGGGGAAGACUACUGUUGCUCAGCUCGUGUUUGACGACGAGGCAGUUAAGGCAUGCUUUGGAGUAAGAGUUUGGGUCUAUGUCUCGCAGAGCUUUGAUGUCAAAGGGAUUCUUGAAAAAAUGUUGCAAUACAUGACUGGUGAGAGCCAAGCAGGUCUUCAGUUGGCUGUUCUGCAGGAGAAGCUUCGUGAGAAGAUGAGAGCCAAAAGGUUUUUGGUUGUAAUGGAUGAUGUCUUGGAGGAGAAUGCUAGAGGCUGGGAAGACUUGGCAAAGUAUUUGAUGGUUGGUGCCAUUGGGAGCAAGGUAUUGGUGACCACUCGAUCCAGUAAAGUGGCUGAGGUUGGUAGUGGGAUCAUGAAGUCUGAAACAGGUGGCACAAUGUUGAUGCCGUACUACUUGGGAGGCUUGUCGCCGGACGAGUCUUGGGAUUUGCUGGUGAGAAAGGCUCUUCAUGGAGAAGUUCAGCAGAGCCUGGAUGUUGAGAGAACCGGGAGAGAAAUACUGAAGAAAUGUUGUGGAGUUCCUCUUGCUAUAAGCACAAUUGCUGGUCUGUUGAGGUCGAAAGAUCCGAAAACUGACUGGCUGUUGUUUCUAGAUGCCGAGCUCUCGAACAUAUCUGAAGGGGAAAACCAUAUCAUGUCAACCCUUCGUUUAAGUUUCAACCAUCUUCCUACAAAGCUUAAGCACUGCUUUUCUUAUUGCAAACUGUUUAAGAAGGGUGAUGCCCUUGAUGUUCAAAGGUUGGUACACCUUUGGAUGGCACAAGGGCUCGUUGAGUCAGAAGAUGAGGGAUUGGAUUGUUUCAAGACGUUGUGCUGGAGGUCAUUUUUCCAAGAAGUGAAGGUGAACCAGUGGGAUAAUGCGUUGGAAUAUAGAACGCAUGAUCUGAUGCACAAUUUAGCGGAUUCUAUAGUGGGGCAAAAGAUCGUACGCGGUUUUAGUUCAAGUAUUCUACAAAGAGUUUCUCCAAAAACUCGUCAUAUGGCAGUGCUGUAUGAUCAUUCCUUCUAUGAUGAUGAUCAGUGGGGGGAUGUAAGCAAGGUACGAACACUUAUAGGUUAUGGUAGUUUUUUUAGGGAAGAUUGUCAGCGAACCCUCCAAAACUUCAAACGCUUACGAGCAUUACAAAUGGAUAAAGCUUUACCGGUUGGAAAUCCUUGGAAAGAACUGCAAGCUCUCGGUGACUUGAAGCAUUUAAGAUUUCUUGGUCUCAGCUCAUGGGGAAUAAAAAGAGUUCCGAACUCAAUCACCAAGUUGAUCAAUCUGCAAGUACUUGAUCUCUCUGGUUGCCACUACAUAGAGGAGCUACCAAGGGAUGUCAGAAAGCUAGUCGAUCUGAAGCAUAUCUACCUGCAUUGGAAUGUGAAAUUGACACACAUGCCGAAAGGGAUUGGGGAGUUAACAUCCCUUCAAACCUUACCUGUUUUUGCAGUGGGACAUAAAGGAGAUGAAACUACCGCUAAUGGAGCAGCCGGGUUGGAUGAGCUGAGAGGUUUGAAUUUGUUGCGCGGAGAGUUGAAGAUUACAAACUUGUUGCACGCCAAGCCUGUGAGUUCUUAUGUCUUAAAGAACAAGCUUUUUCUUCAAUCCUUAGUUUUAGAAUGGAGAUAUGACGAUGAUGAUGAUGCUACUCACUCUGCCAAAGAUGAAGAAGAGGUUCUCGAAAUGCUCGGCCCCCAUCCCCAUCUUACGGAACUGGAAAUUUGCAAGUAUACAGGAGUGAUUCUCCCCAACUGGCUGUCUACAAUCACCAAUCUCGUCGAGCUUACAAUACGCCAUUGCAGAGAAUGUGAGUACCUCCCACCAUUGCAUCAACUUCCAUCUCUAAAAAAGCUCAGCAUCAGAUGGUGCGAAAAACUUAAGGGCAUUAGAGACGAAGACCAGUACCAAUAUGAGCAGCCGGGGACUAGUGUUAGUGAUGCUGAUGCUGAAGACAACAAGGAUUGUCCCCAUUUCCCUACUCUUUCUAGCUUGAAAAUCAGCAGUUGUCCCAGCUUGUGUCGGAUGCCCCUCUUCCCAACCAUUGAAGCCGAGUUGGAGCUGCAUCAAUGCAGUGCACGCCCACUAAUUCGAACGAUGAUGAUGAAAUCGUCUCGUCUUAGUCGCCCACCACUCUCUCAGGUGUCGAGUUUGCAACUUGAUCAGAUUGAUGACUUGGAAUAUCUUCCGAAGGAAGGCCUCCGCAACCUCACUUCGCUUCAGGUACUGGAGAUCUCGAACUGUCCUCAACUAGCCAAUCUGUCCUCCCUCUGCAACCUCACUUCGCUUCAGGUGCUGGUGAUCAUGAAUUGUCCAAGACUAGCCACUCUGCCUCCUGCUAACCACCUAACUAGUAUGGAGAAUCUCUCCAUUAAAGGGUGCCCCAUGUUGAAAGAAAGGUGCAGAGAAGGGGAAGAUGAAGAGUGGCCCAGCAUUAUCGACAUCCCAUCCCCAUCCCCAGAAAUCAGAUAUCGGAGAUCCCCUCUGGGAUUUUAGUUGUGCAGUUUCCAUGACGACAGUGUUGUAGCUUUCUUUUUUCUUGUCCCUCUGUAAAUUUUCCAAGCUAUUGGACUGUAUCUGCAAAAUGUACCCACUUGAGUGAGUUGAGCAAGGCUAACCCUAAAGGCUCAAACCAACGAAAGGGCAUUCUUGUAAUCAGCUGGCAAAAAAUAAACACGCUUACCAUAAAUACUAGAAUCAAUA